GCCUCUUUGAUGAUGUUGCUCUCCGGUCUCCUCUCCUCUCCCUCGUUGCCGGUGCGCUGCCCCUUCUGAAGCCCACCCAGUGCAUGUAUCCCGCAGUCCAGUUUAUAUCCGUGGACGCACCUGGCCAAAGAAAAGACCAGAGAGAAGGCUAGGCAGAGUGGUAAAAGGGGUUAGAAAAAAAAGGGGGCGACACCCAGAAGCAGAACCAGAAACGGAACCACUGAGUGCUCGACGAUGGACCCGCAUCUGCUGAAGAAACCGAAGCUGGAAGAACCCAGCGAUGUCAACGGAGACGAAUCUGGACGGGGAAGAGGAUAUGGAGGCGCUGGAGGCGGCGGAGACAACGAGCCCGACGCCCUACAGGAGCAGGAAGAAGCCCUUGUCGCACUCAUCGAGCACCGCUCAAAGGAGUACGAACAUCUCAAACAGAAGGUCGCCUAUUUCAAAUCUCAGCUUGAUGAGGUGGAGAAGAAAUUGAACGACUCGAAGGCUAAGCUGGCUCGCCUUCGAGCGCGCGCUCCAUCGAGAACGGCUACUAGCGACGAAACUAGACCGGGGAGAACUGAAAGCAGAUCAUCAAGUCCUGGUUCGCGCCCGCAGCUUGUUAUACCUUCAGCAAGCACAAAGUUUCGUAGCCAAGCAGUGAACAAUGCGAAGUCCAAAGUACUGGAUGGAAUGAGCAACAGAGGAACCUCCUCUAGUGCUCAAUCGAGCAACGUGAAUAAGUCGAGGCAAGAGUCGAGUAGCAGAGCUGUGUCGGAGAAAAGUUCGGUGCAAGAAAAAAGAGCCAAGAGGAAGAUCGCACAGAAAGAACAUCAAGAUUUAAUUCCUGUUAUACGUACAUAUUCACUGCCGAACCAAAUCAGAUUCCAACCAGGCAGUGUUAUCUCUAGUCAGCACAAAAGGAAGCUGCGAAGUCUGGAGGUCUGUCCGGUUAAUGAUCAACUGUUUGUGACGAGUGCACUGGAUGGAGUUGUAAACUUAUGGCAAGUGCAGGUUAAAGGACCUAGCGCCUUGCUACUGAGCACUACAGAUUGUGUAUCGCCAAAGCAAAGGAGGUGGCCAGAAGAUGUAGCAUGGCACCCUGAUGGAGAUAGCUUAUUUGCUGCAUAUAGUGCUGAUGGUGGUGAUUCUCAAAUAUCAGUUUUAAAUCUCAAUGCGUCACAAAAAAGGGUCACUUUUUUAGAAGCAAAGCCUCAUACCAAGGGCAUUAUAAACAGCAUACUUUUCAUGCCCUGGGCUGAUUUAUUUUUUGCAACUGGUGGGAGUGACCAUGCUGUCAUUCUGUGGCAUGAGAAUGAUGAUUCAUGGAAGCCCAAGACCAUCCAUGGGAACCUUCACUCUUCAGCUGUUAUGGGAGUAGCGGGGCUACAGCACAAGAAGAUUAUAUUGUCUGCUGGUGCAGACAAAAGGAUCAUUGCAUAUGAUGUGUUGGCAGGGAGAUCUGAGUUUAAGAAUCAGAUAGAAAGUAAAUGCAUGAGCAUUCUACCAAAUCCAUCAGACUUCAAUCUGUACCUGGUGCAAACGGGAGCACCUGGUAGGCAGCUUCGGCUAUUUGAUGUGCGGCUAAGGCAGACUGAGAUUCAUGCUUUUGGGUGGAAACAAGAAACCAGUGAAUCCCAAUCUGCAUUGAUUAAUCAGGCAUGGUCUCCCGAUGGUCUGUUCUUAUCAUCUGGUUCAGCUGACCCUGUGAUCCAUAUCUUUGACAUCAGAUAUGAUGGGCGUACCCCUUCUCAAUCUGUGCAAGCUCACCAGAAGCGAGUAUUCAAAGCUGUAUGGCACCAAUCACUACCACUUCUCACCUCCAUAUCGUCUGACCUUAACAUUGGACUACACAAGAUAGUCUAAGAGAUUUUGUAGCAUGGGCUGUUUUCACCACAAAAAGUCAUUAUCUAGGGUUUAGCCUCAUUAUGUUUAUUUCAUCAAGCGAUGCUGUGGCCUUGAGCACUUUAAAUUUCUGAAAAAGCAUGUUGAUCAAGAGAUGAUCGCAUUGCUUAGGGUCUGGGGUGUAUUCAUUUCCAAUGCGGGAGUUUUGAUACUUCAGUAUGAUUGUAGAUAAUACAAUCUAUGCUACUGAAGGGGCAAGAUAUAAAUUACUAAAUCAUUGAAGAUACCUUUGAAGUUGUAGGCUUCAGCUGAGCUAAUACAAGGGUUCAAAUAUUACAUCUA